AAACACCAAUGCAUCUUGGGACAAAGAAGGUGCUGUCGUAGUGUUGUGCUGAGUCCUUGAACGUGAGAUGAAGCUUUUCCCCACGAUUUUAAAAUAUAUUUUUGAUUAAUAACUAGUGGGUAAAAACAUUACUAGCAAACUGCACUGAAUCGUGCAGUUGCAUUUGGGAGCAAUGGGAGCAGAUAAAAGACUAAGUCGAACCGAGCGCAGCGGUAGAUAUGGCUCUGACGCACCCCGGGAUGAUCCAGAAUGGCGCGACAGACGAGACCAAGAGCGUGAUCACAACCCGCGUCGCUGGGGUGAAGAGAGACGCAGUGAUCGGUUUGAGGGAGAUCGUCGAGCAUCAAGAGACAGUCCAGAGCAAAGAGAAAGGAAAAGACGCAACAGCGAUAGAUCAGAAGAUGGGUAUCACUCUGAUGGAGACUUCCCAGAGCAGGAUUACAGAAGGGAGCCUGGGGACGAGAAGAAGAGCAAAACUAUCAUGCUCUGGGGUCUCGCUCCUCAUAUCACUGAAGACGAUAUUUGUUUUUCCAUAGACCAACUGGAGGGACCACAGCCAGUGGAUGUCAGGCUGAUGAAAAAGAAAACAGGUAUAAGCCGUGGUUUCGCCUUCGUGGACUUUUAUCACUUGCAAGAUGCUACACGAUGGAUGGAGACCAAUCAGAAACGUCUGACCAUCAAGGGGAAAAGCGUGGACAUGCACUACAGUCACCCAAGAAACAAGUAUGAAGACUGGCUCUGCAACACUUGUGGCCUGUACAAUUUCCGGAGGAGGCUGAAGUGCUUCAGGUGUGGAGCAGCCAAAGCCGACAGUGAAACUAGCAAUAAUCCUGGAGCGUCUGAAACUCAGCCCAGCGGAGAUUUCUACGGCGACACAAUCAUCCUGAGAAACAUAGCUCCUCUGGCCACCGUAGAAGCCAUCUUGACGGCCCUGGCACCAUAUGCUAAUCUUUCAUCCAACAACAUCCGCCUCAUAAAGGACAAGCAGACUGGCCAGAACCGAGGCUUUGCCUUUGUCCAGCUGUCUUCUCCUCUGGAAGCCUCUCAGCUGCUAACCAUCUUACAGGGACUGCAGCCGCCUUUAAAAUUGGAUGGGAAAACUAUCGGGGUGGAUUAUGCUAAAAGCGCUAGAAAGGACCUUUUGCUACCUGACGGGAAUCGUGUCAGUGCCUUCUCCGUGGCCAGCACAGCCAUUGCUGCAGCCCAGUGGUCUUCAAGUCAGCCCCAGCAGAGCUCAGAUGGAAUGUCGGAGUACAGCUACCUGCAAGAAGGCUAUACUCCACGGGCACAGGACUACCAGGCUUUCUACCAGCAAGCAGCAGCAGUAGCCAGCACCUCCCAGGGAAACGGGAUUCUAGGAGCCGCCCCAGGUGUAAAGAUGGUUCCAACUGCAGCUGGAGUAGUGAUCGCACAGGGUGCACAAGUCUACCAUCCCCAUAUGAUGGCCCAUCCUGCUGUUCAGGCAUUGUCGCUUGCCCAACAAAUGGAGGCUAACGCCCACACAGGACAUCUUCCCAGCAUUGAUGCUUCAUAUGUUCCUGUCGGCCUUUUAGCCGCGGCUGCUGUGAACUCUGCCGGUGCUUUACAAACCUCAGGACAGUCGGCUGAAGCCAGCACUGUCCCUGAUACGUCGUCCUAUCAGUAUGACGAGUCCUCUGGCUACUAUUAUGAUCCACAAACUGGCCUCUACUAUGACCCUAGCACUCAUUAUUACUACAACUCUCAGACUCAGCAGUAUCUGUACUGGGACGGUGAGAAGCAAUCGUACGUCCCUGUCUCAACCGACGCGUCUGCUGGAGCGAGUGAUAACGCAGCAUCAGGCAGCAAAGAAACUAAAGAGAAAAAGGAAAAGCCCAAAAGCAAGACUGCUCAGCAGAUUGCCAAAGACAUGGAACGGUGGGCUAAAAGUCUCAACAAGCACAAAGACAACUUCAGGGGCAGCUUUCAGCCCGUUAGUCAUGAAGAGAGGAAGGAGGCAGCUGCUGCUGAUGCUGGCUUCAUACUUUUUGAGAAGAAGCAGGCUGGAAGUCUAGACAGACUAAUGCCAGAGGUACAGAGGGGCCCCGAGGAGGAGCCACCAACCAGCUCAGCCAGCUCAGUCAGCUCAGCCAACACAUCCAAGUGUGGCCUGGUGGCAGCUUACAGUGGAGACAGUGACCCUGAGGAGAUCGUAGCGGAGCCGGACGGUGGAGAAGGAGGCCAGGACAAGAUGACAGACUGGAAAAAACUGGCCUGUUUGCUGUGUAGGAGACAAUUUCCCAACAAAGAGAGUCUAAUUCGACAUCAGCAGCUUUCUGACCUCCACAAGAAAAACUUUGAGAUUUUCCGAAGAUCUAAAAUGAGCGAAGCAGAGCUUGAAGAGUUGGAGAGAAAGGAAACUGAGCUGAAAUACAGAGACCGUGCAGCUGAGAGGAGGGAGAAAUACGGCAUUCCUGAACCCCCAGCGCCCAAAAAGAAGAAGUUCAGUCAGCCUACACCAGUCAUUAACUACGAACAGCCCACUAAAGACGGCCUUAACAGCGACAACAUUGGGAACAAAAUGCUGCAGGCCAUGGGAUGGAAGGAGGGUAAAGGGCUCGGCCGUAACCAGCAGGGCAUCACUACACCAAUUGAGGCACAGUUGAGAACAAAGGGAGCUGGACUUGGCACUAAAGGCAGCAACUACAGCCUCUCUGCUUCAGACACGUACAAAGACGCGGUCCGCAAGGCCAUGUUUGCUCGCUUCACUGAAUUGGAAUAAGUCGUUAGUCAAACUCAAAUUAGGAACUACCCUGUUGCUCCUUUAGUAGUUUCACCCUCUGUAUGAUGCCUUUGGUCAAAAUGAUUAGACUUCACUAUAUCACUAAUCUGUAAUUGAGGCAUAUCAACCUGGUGAAAACAUAAUUUAUAAAUUGUACAUAGGCUAAGUAAAAUUCACACAUCUCUUGUUUACAUAGUUCUCUUGUUUAUUGCCAUCAUUUCCUCAGCAUGUUAAAAUAAAUUGUACAGUUUAUACAAAAAUGUUUGUUCGUACAGAAAAUAAAUGACAAUGAACUUG